ACCCAAGGUUUUUUUUAAAGGCAAAUCAUAAUGGAUUUCCAGAAUCGUGCAGGAUCCAAAUUCGGUGGCGGUGGUGUCGCAUCGCAAUCCGCGACCAACGCCGACCGUCGCGAGCGUCUUCGCAAGCUCGCCCUCGAGACAAUCGACCUGGAUAAGGACCCGUACUUCUUUAAGAACCAUGUCGGAAGUUUCGAGUGUCGUCUGUGUUUGACGGUUCACCAGAACGAUGGCUCUUACCUCGCCCAUACCCAAGGCCGCAAGCAUCAGACAAACCUGGCUAGACGUGCUGCGAGGGAGCAAAGGGAAGGAAAGAAUCAGGAUCCAUCGACGCUGCCGGGUGCGAUGGGCGUUCAGGUUAAGAAGCAGACCAUCAAGAUUGGUCGGCCUGGCUACAAGAUCACAAAGAUCAGAGAUCCAUUGACGCGACAGCUAGGUUUACUGUUUCAGCUGCAGUAUCAGGAAAUCACACCAGGUGUUCAGCCCCGAGUACGGUUCAUGUCGGCCUUUGAGCAGAAGGUGGAGGACCCCCCGGACAAGAACUUCCAGUAUCUUGUCGUAGCCGCGGAGCCAUAUCAGACGUGUGGUUUCAAGCUUCAGGCUCGGGAGAUUGACCGUAGGGAGGGUCGCUAUUGGACAUGGUUCGAUGAAGACAGCAAGGAAUUCUGGGUUCAGAUCAUGUUCAAGACUGAACGAGAGGAAAGAUUCAGCGGUGUCCCAGGUCUGGCACCGAUGGACCCCAAGUGA